GGAAAAAGAGGUGGAACUUUAGGGGUACAACAUUCUAAUGACAUUCCAUAUUUGGUCAUUGUGGGGGGGGAAGAUCCAGAUCACUUCAGGAACAGGAGCCAAAGAGGAACCGGCAUCACACCCAACCACCAAUACACCAGCACUUACACGUAAACAGCCAAGGAAGAAAGCAAAAACGCAAUGUUCAUUGCUCAUGCAGCCAAGGCACACGCACGGAGGGGCGUACUCGCCCAAGGAACACGAUCUGCAUUCACACCCUUACUUCGGCCCAUGGGUGCGCGGUCACAGCUGAUCCAGACCCGCCCAUUCCUCUCCUGGCUAUUCAAUCCGAAGGAAGAUCCCAUCACGCCGAAAAAGCUUUCGCCACUCGUGCUGGAUGAAUCUGGACAGAGGUUGAUUUUCUGGGACUCGACUUACACCACACCGCUUGUGAAACCAGAAUUCAGCGGCAGAGUGGUCUCGUCAUUAAGUACAGGAAUUGCUCAUAGCUGCGCUAUCGUCGACGGCAACAUCCAUGUCUGGGGGUCCAACUACUACAGUCAGGUUGGACUCACAACAGAAUCAUUUCACGACGACGACUCGGACGAUAUAACGGAUGUUCAUUUUGUGAACCAAUUGGCGAACGAAGUGAUCGUCCAGGUUGCUUCAGGCAGUUUCCAUAACCUGGCACUCUCGAAGACAGGAAAGCUCUGGUCAUGGGGAUCUGGGUGCCUUGGCCGUGGUGACGAAGUUUAUGACUCUCUUCCUCAACCCGUCGAGUUCUUUCACGCGCUCGGUCGCGACAUCAAACAAAUCUUUGCAGCAGGGAACUACUCCAUGGCGCUCGCAAGACCCAAGGACGGGAACGAUGACGAACUCUACAUCUGGGGCUAUAUUCCCUUUGGCGAGAAAAACGAGGACGGCGAGGUUAUCCCUGUGAUGCGAAAGAGUCUCCGUCCACUCCUGGUCUCUUCCGUCCUGGGCUACGAUAUCUCUCAUGUCGCUUGCAGUCCCUGGCACUUUACAGUCGCUGCAACGCCUGUCUCGAAAUCUUCGUCAUCGACAUCAUCAGCCAACGACGUGGAGCGCGAGCAGCCCCUAUUGAUGACUUUUGGAACGUAUAGUGAGGCCAUGCCGCUAGAGAAGCCAUACAGUCCGUUUUAUGCGGACAUCCCCCCGGAAGAUGAGUUUUAUUAUGUGGAACCGUGGCGGACAUUCCAUCCCGUACCGUCGACCUCGGACCUCGUUAUCAAAAAGAUGGCAGCCUCAAAAGGUAAGCCAAUGCGGUAUUCUCUGACCGUGUCGUCCUUUUGCUUGUGACAUCGCGAUUGCUUCUUCUUUCCUAUCAGGAGAUUAACAGGUUAACUUGGAUUAUCUGCCAGGCUGCGA